GAGACGGUGAGUGAACUACUGAUUCCCAUAAAAUACACACAUUUGUGGCAGCUUUUCUGCAAUUGUAGCAUUCCUUCAUUCAUACAUCUCCCAGCAAAGCAACAUUGUGCCGCCCAAAGAAUCAUUCUUUAUCCCCAAAUCAGAAACACUUGUAUUCCAUCACCCUCACUCUUCCUUCACUCUCACCAAUUUCAAAGGUAACCUAACUCUACAUACAUGAAGCCCACCUUGUAGUGUACCACCUUCUGGUCUUUGAAUUGAAACUGGCACAAUAGAGCCAUAAUUCCAAGUGAAGAGGGUGGGUCAUGGGAACAAGAAGAGGUUACUUGAGAUUAAGAGCUGGCUUUCUUCUCCUUUAUCUCAUUCUAGCAGCUGUUUCCCUCAGUCAUUGUGAUGCAGAAAGAUCGAUAACGAGUAAACGUAAAAGUUCAAGCAACAAGCAUUCUAAGAAAUUGAAAGCCAUUAAGCAUUUUGGUCUCGAUCCAUCUUUAGAUUCAUCAAAUGUACAACCCUACAGCGUUAGCUCACCGUUCUCUCUGCCUCCUUACGAAUCUCUCGCUCCAAUUCCGUUGCCGGAUAAUGGAUCUCCUCCGUUCUGUGUAUAUCCUCCAAACCCUCCUUCCACAGGUGUUCCCAGCCCAACUUUUCCAGCCCAAGGUCCACCUCCAGGCCCAUCUGGAUACUUUCCCACACCACCAUCUCCCUAUUCUUUCUCUUCACCAGUUUUUCCCAUCCAAAGCCCACCUCCAGCACCUGAAAUUGUUCCAAGCCCACCUACUAUCAUCCCGGGCUCACCUGAACCGGUGAUAAACCCGCCUAUAGUUUACCCAGGCCCACCAAGUUCAUCAACGAGCCCACCUUAUUUUGAGCCUAGCCCACCAUAUGUCAUACCGUCCCCUAGUGGUGGAGGUAUUGCUCCCAACCCACCAAGUUCACCAACUUUUCCAACCCCUGGCGGCGGCGGUGGUUUCCCUAACCCACCAAUUUCUUUUCCAUCCCCUAGUGGUGGCAAUGUCCCAGGCCCACCAAGUUCUUUUCCAUCCCCUGGCGGUGGGAGUGUUCCUAGCCCAAUAGUGUUUCAGCCACCAAUAAUCUAUCCGCCACCGAUUGUGCCACCGCCACCGUAUGUUGCCCCAGUUGCGGCCUUGUGGUGUGUGGCCAAGCCCUCGGUUCCGGACCCAAUCAUGCAAGAGGGCAUGAACUAUGCAUGUUGGUCAGGAGCUGAUUGUGGACCAAUACAGCCCAAUGGGCCAUGCUUCUUUCCUGAUUCAGUGUAUGCACAUGCAUCGUAUGCUUUCAAUAGCUAUUGGCAAGUGAGCAAGGCGAAUGGUGGAUCAUGCGACUUUGGAGGGAUAGCCAUGCUAGUCGCCGUUGAUCCAAGCUAUGAUGGAUGCCACUUUGUGUACAACUGAUUUGAUGGAGCUUAAGGGCCCGCUUUUGGAAAUGAGCCAGAUUAGAAGAAACACCACUUUCCUGAACAAAAUCCCUAACAUUUUUUGUAAGUGGAAAUAAGUGACGUCUGUAAUUUUGGAUUUUGUAAGUAAUAGAGACCACUAUAUUGGCUUCGAUAUCGUUCGCAUACUCAGCAUUGGAAGUGUACAUCUUUUUAACAUUAUUAAAAUGGAUUUAAAAAUUUUUUGUUUUA